UUCGCCUUCGUCGGUGAUAAAAUCGAGGCUUUCUCUUAUAAUCCCUUCAGCAAGGAUUACUCCCUCCGGAUGGAGAAUCCCCGGAAUUUAUUCCCGGAUAAAUUCCAGAAUUUGUACGGUUAUCGACUACGCGUGUCGAUGUUCCCGAGCGUGAUUAACCACCUGGAGGAGAACGAGUUCCAUGGAGCCGACGGCCACAUGGCUCGAAUCAUCGCCAGUCAACUCAACGCCACCUAUACUUAUAUCCCGACUCGACCUAGUGACCGCGCUCCAGUACUCACCCAGUACGACGACGUCGCCGAGAGAAUCGCCGACGUGGGGUUAACCACGCGCUACGUUAAACUCAACUUCGAGAACCUCAUCGAAAAAACCUACCCCCACGAUAGAGACGACCUCACCUGCCUCAUCCCCAAAAUCCACGUGAAGAAGUUCACCGGAAUGCACUCCCUCCUACCCGACUCCGUCUGGUUUUUAUCCCUCGCGACCUCCCUCCUCUUCUUCUUGUACGUUCUAGCCGAGCUACUCCUCAACGGGCGCAAACUCGACGUCGUCAACGUCGCCUUAACAAUCCUCCUACUCCUGGUGAACAAACCCGUGACAGAAACCCGCUACUUGAACUUCAGAGCGGCCCUAAUCUUCUACUUGACCUUCUGCGUCUUUCUCAACACCCUCAUAGUCUGCAGACUAACGAGCAUCUUCACAGCGCCCGCUCACUUCCAAGGGAUCGAAACGGUGACCGAACUCGCUGAAACCGACUACGAAAUUCUGACGAUUGACCGGUUCGAGGACCUGCUGAACGCAUCGCUAGGUCCGAACUUGCGAGACAAAAUCCUCCCCAGGUUGAAUCUGAUAAAGGAGCCCGAGUACUUGGAACGGAUUAGGAAGUGCAGGAAUGUGGUUUUUAUCCUGAAGGAUCAUCUCGCUAAUUACGCGCAGAUUCAGAAGGAGAAUUAUCCGAAUGGAGUCCAGUUUUAUCGGGUUAUGAGGGAGAGGAUUUUACCGGCUCUGAGUUGCUAUAUUGUGAGUUAUGGCUCGCCCUUUUUGAAGAGGGUGGACGAGUUGGUUAGGAGAAUCAUGGAAGCGGGGAUUUACGAUUACUGGAAGAUGAAGACGUGGCAGAGGCUGGGGGUUGGUAAUGAGUUUCGGUUCAACAAGAAUUCGUACGGGAACGAGGUGGCGGUGUCGCUGGAUGACGUCGCGACUGGAGUUCAAAUACUGGUUUUCGGACUUGGGACUUCCUUUUUGGUAUUCCUUUUAGAGAUGUUGGCAAUAAAGUUGUUCAAAAGUUUUGAUUAG